CAGGACCAUCCCUCCAAGUGUGGGAGUUUCCCAUUAGCUCGCUAGUCCUGAGAGUGUCAGCAGCUCCUACAGGUCAUCUGCCCAGCCUGCCGACAGCCAAGAUGUUGGGGCCAAAGGUUGGUGGGUUCUCAGAGACUCAGGCUGCCACAGCCAAGACCCAGGCCAUCGCUGACCAGGUGAAGUCCCAGGUAGAGGAGAAGGUGGACAAGAAGUUCCCAGUGUUCAAGGCUGUGGAAUUCAGGAGCCAGGUGGUCGCCGGAGUGAACUACUUGAUCAAGGUUCAAGUGGACGAGGAUGACUUCGUGCACAUCCGAGUGUUUGAAAGCCUCCCGCACGAGAGCAAGCCCGUGGCCUUGACCAGCUACCAGACCAACAAAGGCAGGCACGACGAGCUGGCAGACUUCUAGGCCCGAUUUUGCAGAGUCUGUCGCCCACGUGGGUCUGUCCUCUGCAGACCUGUCUGGGACCAGACGUGGUGCCCCUUGGGGUGGGGUGGUGUCUCUGUUCUCUUCUUUCGCUAUGUUCAUUUUUUUCUCCCAAUCCAUGCUUUUAACGAAAUUUCUCUCGAGAAGGGCUUGUGUUAUCUUUAAAUAAAUAUGUGUUUUCUGUUUUCACAAA